UCGAGACGCUUCCGGGGGCGUGGCGUGGCCCGGAAGCAGACGGUCGGUUCCGCCUUCGCGCCCGGGCAGGCAGGCUCGGACCGGCCCGUGGAACUGUAGCCGCCCUUCUGUCCCUCCUUGUGUUCUCGGCCGACAGCAUGCUCCAGUUCCUGCUUGGAUUUACUUUUGGCAACGUGGUUGGAAUGUAUCUGGCUCAGAACUAUGACAUACCAAACUUGGCUAAAAAACUUGAAGAGAUUAAAAAGGAUUUGGAAGCCAAGAAGAAACCCCCUAGUUCCUGAUGCCCACUCCAGCCCUACGUUCUGGAUACUCUGAUUCUGCUGCCCCUGAGGGGCCUCCUGUACCAUCUGAUCCCAAAGCUUUUGUUUUCAUCUUUUCAUCUCCAGCCACAGCAAUUUUCUUCUUUGAUAGAUCCAGUAUUGCCUCAGAGCAAAAGUGGGGCCAUAAGUUAAGAACUACCCUUUAUGUGUCCAACAGCCUUGCCUCUUCCCCCCCCCCCUUCCUUCCAGCUGACUGGAAUUAUGGUGCUAGUUUAGCAAAGUCGCUUCUCCCCUGUUGUUUGGGAUUUCUACUACCUUUUGUCAAAAGAAAAAUUAGUGAGUUUUUUGAAUAGCUGAUCAGAUACAAAUAAUGCUAAUUUCAUAGUUUUGCAGUUAUAAUGGGUGCUUGUUAAACAUUUGUUAUUAAAUUUUGUUGUUUCAAAGUAAUUAAAAUUAAUAAUAUCUAGAAUUCAGUUUCUAUUGAAUUAUCCAUUUAUUUUUACUGUUGUCAGGCAGCUCCAUAGUUGAUAAUUCAACUAAUAAAUCAAUUUGCUAUUCAUGAACUGAGACACUCUAUUCUAAGACUCUUAUCAGUAAAUGGGGAAUUAAAAAAUAUGAAAAGCAA